AUGUUGGGAAUCAUACUUGUUGUAGUAUGGGCUCUGUCACCCGUUGGAGGUCAGGCAUCAAUUCGUCAACUCAGCUUUGGAAACGACACAUCAUCCUCGAAUGCGACUUUCACCUACAUGACACCAACCUCGAACGCGCUGGGCUACUAUGGUAAUCAAUCAUCGUAUCCAAUGCUCCACGUGCCCAACACUCUCUUUCUUGCAUCGCUGAUCGCAAGCCCAGACAUGAAGCAUUCGGCAUUGGACCUCUGGGGCAACUUCAAAGUGCCUUUGUUGGAAUCUUUCGAAAGUGCUGGUAGACCUGACCAGAACGGAUGGUACAACACCAGCGCCCCCGAUAUACAAUACGCGUCACUCGUCGGCGUUCCGAUAACCAGCAAUACGACUCUCCCCGGCAAAGACCACAUCUUCAAGGCCGAGACAUCAUAUCUUCACGUUGAAUGCCCGAGUGUCAAUGUGACUUCAUCAGAACCCACUUCCGCCCUCAAUGGCAGUACUUUCAAAGGUGCCGGUACCACAUUGUCACUGAACUUCGAUGCCAGCUGUGGGGGCGCGUCUGACUUCACGAAUGGAUCUAUUGCUGGCUUCGACACCUCAUGCACACCACCAAAAUUCGAUGGCGCGGAGCCGCCUUGUAACUUCACAUACUACGACUGGUACAGUGAGGCAUCGUCGUUCUGCGAGAUCGUGACCACGUAUGUCGAAGUGGAAGUUCUCUGCCCUUCAGACUCAUCUUGCGCUGCUCGGAGCAUUCGCCGCUCUCGUCUGCCUCAUCCACCAGCAACGCAAACAGUGUUGAAUGCACAUAUGGAAGGAGAAAAUGGACCCACAAACUUCAAUUGGGGUCUCUUCUCUGCGGCCUUUGUCACUUCAAGCACGGGGAAUUCUGGCUUUCCCACCGCAGUGCAAUGCUACCUAAUCGAUCCUGACAGCCCGUUAGACGUGCUGGCAGCACUCUUGAGCAAGAAAACCGCACCCGGUCUUCCUGUCACCAGGACAUCUUAUGAGAUCCGCAUGGGCCAAUUGAUCAACGCAUAUUGGACCAGCCUGACAGCAUUCCAGGCGUUAUCUCAAGCCAAAGCCACAGGAAAGACAGACCAUACCUUCAACAUGACCCAGGCUUUACUUGCUGGGAACACUCACGACCUCUUCCUGGGCAAUUCGUCGACCGUCACAGGACAAGAAAUAGCCCACUUUGAAAUUUUCGUCUGCCAUCGUGGCUGGGCAAUCACACUAUGUGCAGCAUCAUUACUUCUCAUCGCGGCAUGUCUGAUUCAGCCCAUGAUCAGAUGCUUCUUCAACAAAGCACCUGACCUCUUACUCAACGUUUCUAGCCUUGCGACAAGGGAUAAUCCGCAUAUUGCUGUGCCCGGGGGCGGAACGGCGAUGAAUGGAUCGGAGCGAGCGAAAUUACUGCAAAAGAUGAAAGUAAGGCUUGGGGACGUUGAGCCUGGAAACGAUGUGGGCCAUCUUGCGAUUGCGAGUGUCGAUGGUCGCGAAUCUGGAGCUGGGUCUGAGACGAGUCUGGGAAGAGUGCGCAGAGGACGACUGUAUAGAUGAGGUCAGCGUAAAGCGUAAAAGGUCACGCAUCUAAUCUCGUGUCAAGUGAAUGUGAACGCGCUUGGCAUGGCGCAGGUAGUCUGUGCGUUAUGUUAGCACCAUACUCAUAAUCUGUCGCAUCUCCUG